GUGCUGUUGGUGGCGCUAUUGCGUAUUUUCAGUAAGACGUCACCGGGUCAAAGUUGAACCCACAGCGAAAUCAUGGUGGAGCACGAGAAAAUACGCGUGGUCCAAUGUGGCGGCUGUAGACUCAACUUUAGAGCGCCUGUUGUUACAAAUGAUUCCAAGUUCCUCCUGUGCGCGUCUGGAGUGUGUGUGAAGGUGUACAGCACUGCCACGGAGGAGUUUGUUCAUGAGCUGCGGGGACACAGUGACCUGGUCACGGGUGUGCUGAUCAAGCCCUCCAACCACUUGCAGGCCUACUCCUGCUCUGUAGAUGGCAGUGUCAGGCUUUGGGACUUUACAGAUGGCAUCCUCAUCAAGUCUUACUUUAUUGGACAACCAAUCUACGCCAUGUAUGCCAGUGCUCAGCACAAAGGAAUGGUCUUCAUUGUCAUCCAAAACCAAACAAAUGAGGUCUUCCAGCUGGUGGCGGUAGAGCUCUCGCAGGAUGCCGACGAGCGAGUGAAGGACGAGGAUCGGUCCUUGGUGCUCCCACACGUCAACGGCAGUCCAGAAUGCAUCGCCUUUGGCAGAGAGGACGAAUAUAUCGCUUCUGUCGAGGCUUUGUGUUUGACGGUCUAUUUCUUCAGGAAGGGAAAAACAUCCAGCUUUCCGUUAGGUUUGUCCAACAAAAAGACAGUCGGCAAAAACACCUUCACGUGCGUCGCCUGUCACCCCAAAGAUGACGUCAUCGCCACCGGACACGUGGACGGAAAGAUUCGCUUGUGGAGAAACUUCCACCAGAAGAAGCAGUACACCCAGAUGACACUCCACUGGCACCACGACACUGUCAGCUCGCUGUGCUACACUCCGGAAGGUACCAACCUUCUGAGCGGAGGUGUGGAGUCUGUGCUGGUCCAGUGGAAACACGGCCAAGAGACCCAGAAGGAAUUUCUUCCUCGACUCGGUGCCUCAAUCACACACGUGACCGUGUCGCCCGACGGUGCGCUCUUCUGCACCUCGCACUCCGACAACAAAAUCACAAUUAUCAAGAGCUGCAAAGUGUCCGCCGUCAUUCAAGGCCUCGUCAAAGGACAAAGCAUCGCCACAGACCUGUUGGUGGACCCUCGCAGCAAAGCGCUGGUCCUGAACGGAAAGCCCGGCCACUUGCAGUUUUACUCCCUUCAGAGGGAUAAGCUGCUCUUCAACUUGGAUAUCGUCCAGCAAGAGUACAUCCACGAGCUGGCGGUGCUGCAGUUCCGAGUGGUCAAGGCGGCUUUCGACGCCUCCGGGGAGUGGCUGGCCACCGUGGAAGAGCUCCGACCCAAAACGGCCGACUUGGAGCUUCAUCUGAAAUUGUGGGCCUUUGACCACAAAACGCAAAGUUUUGCGCUGACCACGACCAUCUCGGCCCCCCACGAGGGCGAGAUCACGGCCAUGUGCUUCGGCCUGGCCGACCACCGCGGCGGCCCCCCGCUCAUCACCACCAGUAAGGACGGACACUUCAAAGUUUGGCGGCAGGUGCCGUCGCCCAACCACACCGAAGAUGAGGCGGGCACGUCGUGGGCGUGCGACUUUGCGGGCUCGUAUCACAACCUGCGGCCUCAUUGCUGCUGCUUCUCGGCCGACGGCUCCCUGCUGGCCGUGGGCUUCCGGGAGGUGGUGACGCUGUGGAGUCCGGCGACUUGGGAACUCCUGACAACGCUGUCCCAGCCGCCAGGGGAAAUCAGGAAUCUUUGUUUUGGCCGACUAAGCUGCUCCAAGUACUUGCUGGGGACGACGGCAAAGAACCUGCUCUGCUGUUGGAAUCUCCUCACGUGCUCGCUGGAGUGGAGCACCUCCAUGGACGUCAGCUUGCUGCUACCCGACCCGCUGUCUGAGAACAUGGCGGCGUUCUGCAGUCAAGACAACUGCACCGACCUGUUUGUGUUUAAGCCCUGCGAGCCGCGGCCGCUGUUUUGCCAAAAGGCCGUGUGUCCCGGGAGGGUGACCCGGGCCGUCUUCACCCCGAGGGACGCCAUGCAAGACAGCUGCGACGAGAGCUGCCAGUGGCUCAACCGAUCCCGGCUCUACUUCCUCAGCCAGUGCACGGAGCUCAUGACGUUUAUCACAGAGGACGAAGAGAAACAACUGCUGGCUUCUCAUAAAGAGUUCACCAUUGACGACACGGUUGCCAAGACGCCGUUCCGCCUGUUACUGGGCCAACGGCCGCAAGGAGGAGGCCAUCUGGACCCACCUGAUCAUUCCGACACUGCGAAGAGAGAGCCACCCCCGCGGGGUUCCGCUGCCGUUCGAGAGCUUCUGCAGACCCCCAGCCACGUCCUACCUGCCGCCACUUUCCUAUGCUCCAUGUUCGUACAGUCGCUGCUCAUCUCGGUCGCCGGGUCCAGUGACCCGAAACACGUCGAGAAGGAAAUGGAGAGCGAAAAAGAAGAAGAGGAUGACUCUGAGGAGGAGGAAAUGGAAACUGGCCACGUUGGAGCAAAACGGCCGUCGACGGGAGCAAGCGAGGCGGCCGAGGACGCUGCGCCGGCCAUGACCCGAGCGCAGCUCAGAGAAUUGAGGCGAGUGAAAAAACUGGACCGCAGCUGGCUGAGUGGCCUCCUUGACUCAUGAGCAAAUGAUUUUUCGUAAUUAUCUUUGUUAUGGGUCUUUUUUACAAUAAAUGUGUAUCGGUU